AGUUGAACAGCGGGAAUACUCCAGUUGGCCUUGAGGACGCUUCAAGAUCCCAAAAUUAUGAGCAAAUAAUAUUCAUAUUUAUAUAAAAAAUAAUAGUUCAUCAUGAGCGCGUCAAACUCCUUCCAUAAAGCUGAGAUCAUCGCUGCGGUUUCUGUGACGUUCGGAGCUGCAGCAGUGGGACUCCUCGUCUACAAAACAUUUUUCCACAAUUCCAAAUGUGUAAAGCCAAAAGUCAACCUUGAUCUGCAGAAAGACAACCCCAAAGUGGUGCAUGCGUUUGACAUCGAGGACCUGGGUGACAAAGCGGUGUACUGUAGGUGCUGGAGAUCCAAAAAGUUUCCAUUCUGCGAUGGAGCUCAUGCUAAACACAAUCAAGAAACGGGAGACAAUGUCGGUCCUCUGAUCAUCAAACGCAAAGAGGCCUGAGCAUUUCCACUGUUCUCAGUGAUAGAGAUUCAUGUAUUUUCGCUUUGUGUGUGUGUGUGUGUGUGUGUGUGUGUGUGUGUGUGUGUGUGUGUGUUCUGGGGUGGUGGGAUUAAAAGUGGUAUUAUAUUACCUUGUGUGUGUGUGUGUUUGAUACUAUAUGGUUGAGAGUUUCCUGUGAUCUGCUCUCAGACCUAUAAUACACUGCAAAUAAAUGCUUUUCUUAGAGUUUUUGUCUUGUUUGUCGUCAAAAUAUGUAAAAAAAAAAUCUUAAACCAUGAGGCUUUGUCUAAACAAGUACAAAAUAAGUGCAUAUUUUCUCAAAUUAAGCUUAAUUAUCUGCCAAAGGGAUCAUAAAAAAACAGACUUCAAACCGAUAGCAAGAUUAAUUUGCUUAAACCAGUGUUUCUCAACCACACUUCUGGAGGACCACCAGCACUGGACGUUUUCCUUGUCUCCUUAACCAAACACACCUGAUUCAGAUCAACCGCUCAUUAGCAGAACCUAACAGACUUGAAAUGGGUGUUACAGACAAAGGAGACAUCCAAAACAUGCAGUGUUGGUGGUCCUCCAGGAGCAUGGUUGAGAGACACUGGCGGCUUACACCAUUGGCAGAUUAUUUAGCUUGUUUUGAGGCAAAACUUACUUAAUUAUGACAUAUUAUUUCUGAAAAUAAAACAUUAUUAUUUACUUGUCUGGAUGCAAAAAUUCUUAGAUGUUUGGACUAGAAACAAGACAAAAACUCAUAUAUAAGUAAAGCAUUAUUUGCAGUGUGUAUAUUCUAAUACAGGAGUUCCCCAACUCAAUCCUGGAGGGCCGGUUUCCUGCAUAUUUGAGUUCCAACCCCAAUUAAACACACAUGAACCAGCUAAUCGAGCUCUUUCUAGAAAUACUAGAAACAUCCAGGCAGGUGUGUUAAAGGAAGUUGGAGCUAAACUAUGCAGGACAUUAGCCCUCAAGGACAGUGUUUGUACACCCCUGUUCUAAUAUAUCUGGGUGGUGGUUUAGCAAUACAUAUUUAUUUUCUCUUCUUAUCUGCUUAAAGGCUUUAUAAGAUGACUGAUGUAUUCUGGUUCAGCUAAACACUUCUAAAUGUGUUCCUGUGCUUAAACACUGGUCAUGUUACUGUAGUAGACAUGAUACAUAUUAAACUUGAACAAAGAAAAAACACCUUGGUAUGAGUUGAAACCUAGUCUUGUUUGUUGUGACAGAAUGUAAAUGUUGAAUGGAAACCAAACGUCCAGCUUCUUGUGUCCUUUCGAGUGUGUUGCCUAAUAAAUUCACAUGUGACCUUAACUAAUCACUGACAUUUAGUGUAUUGGAAAUGAAAUCGAAUCUCUCUGAAUGUGUUGAGUUGUGCUCUGGAUCUGCUGGGUCCUGUUUUAUGUCAAUUUAAAAUAUAAUUUGGCAGACUUUGGCUCUCAUGCGUAAAGAUGUACUUGGUCUGUUUCUAUAGCAGAACAACAACAAAAGUAUGUUACAUUGAGCAUUGUGAUGACCUGUUUUUUUCGCUGUCUCUUAGAAAAAUUCUAUGUACAAUUUUGAUGUUAAAUAAACAAUGUGAAACCGA